UGUCAGGUGUAUAUACCUAGGAUAGUGAUUGUUUUGACUAGAAGGUAUACUCAGUUGUACUCUUUCCUCAUAGAGGGCCCUUCCCCUCAUGUUGACAGGGCCUGGUCAUGGCACCGAAGGUGAAUAGGAAAACUGUAAAGAAAAAGAAAACAGAAGAGCCGGAGUUGGAACCUCUUUGCUGCUGUGAAUACAUAGAUCGAAAUGGGAAAAAGAACCAUCUGGUUGCUAGUUUUUGUGAUUGUCAAGAUCUUGAUGAAGGUUGUGAAAGGUGGAUUACAUGCAAAUCCUUGCACCCAGAGACUUUUGAGAGAAUCAUGGACACAAUAUCAGAUCGAUUCCGAAUUCCCUGGCUUAGGGGGGCCAAAAAGGUCAAUAUUAGCAUUAUCCCACCGCUUAUUCUCCUGCCACUUUUUCUCCAUGUAGCUUCUUGGCAUCUUCUGUUGGGCAUUAUCAUCUUGACCUCCCUUCCUGCCCUGACACUGGGGUAUUACUACCUCACCCACAGGAGGAAAGACCGGACCCUGUUUUUUCUGAGCUUGGGGCUAUUCUCCUUGGGUUACAUGUACUACGUGUUCCUUAAAGAAGUGGCCCCCAAAGGCCGGGUGGGACAUGGGCAGCUGGUUAUUCUCACUUGUGGAUUAUUUCUAAUACUCAUAGCCCUACGUCAAGCCAAGAAGAAUCCUGGCUACCUCAAAAGUCCAGUACAAAAUGGCAGCCUUCCAAACAGCAGCCCAGUUGAUUUAUUAAACAGAAAAGGGCAGGAGAAAGUAAAAGGAUAUCCUGGAGAUUCACUGGGCAAUAUCAACAAUCGAAUAGCAAAGGAUGACCCCAAGACCUAUUCUAGGACAUCGAUUGAGAGCCCCAACAAAGUGAAGGAAGACUGGUGCGCCAAGUGCCAGUUGAUAAGGCCAGCCCGGGCAUGGCAUUGUCGGAUUUGUGGAGUGUGUGUGAGAAGAAUGGACCAUCAUUGCAUCUGGAUAAAUAGUUGUGUUGGAGAAUCCAAUCAUCAAGCAUUCAUCCUUGCACUGUCAAUCUUCUUAGUCACCUCUGUGUAUGGGAUUACCCUGGCCUUGGACACCAUCUGUAGAGACAGAAGCAUCUUCACAGCUCUUUUCUACUGCCCAGGAGUUUACACAAACUACAGCACUGCUCUCUCCUUUACCUGUGUAUGGUACUCUGUGAUCAUAACAGCGGGCAUGGCCUAUAUUUUCCUGAUCCAACUGAUAAACAUCAGUUACAAUGUGACUGAGAGGGAGGUUCAGCAAGCCCUCCGGGAGAAGACUGGGCGCCGACUCCUCUGUGGGCUGAUCGUGGACACAGGCCAGUAUAACCGGGGCUUCCUACGGAACUGGCAUCAGUUUUCCACCCUGGGCACACGCACACUCCACCCCCCUGCCGAGGACAUUGUCUGAAAUGCCUUCUGUGCCGGUCUCGGGUGGGGAUGGUGCCUCUGGGAUCGCACUUAACUCUUUGGUGUCCUUUGCAGGCUUCUCAUUCUAACACCAGUUUCUGCUCUUGGAGGCCAAGUUCAGGUUUUUGAGAGUAUAACAGAAAGAAGUUAAAUACCUUCCUAACCUCACAAUUUAGAGAUUUUUAUAUUCAAAUAGUGAAAGAGCCAUUCAUUUCCAAGCACCUCCCUAAUGAAUUCUCCAUCGCCAAGAACUGAAAAUGAUAGAGAUUGAGGAGUACAGACAAAAAAAAGUAAAUUUUCACCCAUUAAAUGAAAACUAUUUCAUAAUCCAGGGUGAUGUAUUGACAAAUCCUAAGAAUUAAGGGUGAGCCAAUGGAGGAUGAUUUGUAUAUAGUGAAUAUGCAAGAAUUUAUUUGCAUAGGGACAAAGAAGUUAAAAAGUGACCACUAAUUUUCACAUUUCUGAGUGGAAAGUGAUUGCAAAUUUAUCUCCUGGUAUUCCAGAGAGCACAGUUUUCCAGGGAUAAUUAUAUAGUAAUUAUCACUUUAUAAAGUACAAGGCAUUAGAAAGCAGGGUAGAGACUUAGAUGAACUAGGGGCUUAAUCUAAAUGCUACACAUCUAAUUGAAAAGGAAGGACAAUCAAAUAUAAUUAUAAAGACAAUUGUUACAGUCAAUAUUAUGUAUAGCAGUAAUUUUUAAGUAAAAUUUUAAUUUAAGAACUUUAAUGCGUGUGUGAGUGUGUGUAUGUAUGUGUGUUUGUGUGUGUGAGUAUUUUUCUAGCUAAGAAUGUAUUUGUUUAAUAUAAAUAACAAUAAUAGGAAUUCAAGAUUUCCAUGGUUCACCUGGUAAGGUGUUAGCACAAGAUUGUGAUGAUUUCCACAAAAGGAGAAGUACUUGCUUCUGUCUGUGGGGUGACUAAUACCAAGAGCUUAAUUUUUUUUUCCAAUCUAAGUAUUUAAAAAGUUAACAAUUUUUAGCACAACAUUACAGGACCCAUGUAUUAAUACUCCACCUGUUAUUCCAGCAUGACUCUCCUUUUGGGAAGUUAAUUCCACUCUUAAUGUUGUUUUCCAUUUACCCUUUUUACAUCUUUUCCAUAUCUAGAGAAGAGAAGAAAACAGGGUAUAUACUAUUUCCUCUAAUGAGUGAAUUAAUGCUUCUUCCUGGUUGUUUCCCAAAAUGCCACUUACUUGCACUUAAGAAAAUUAAGAUGGUUAAAACAAAUAGCAUUUCUGCAGAAGGGAUUAUUCAGUAUUAGAAAUAUGAUGUAGAAAUCAGAUGAUUCAAUUUGGGGGAGGGAAUAAUACUCUUGGGAAUAUUUGAUGUCAUGGAUACAACCUUUUUGUAAGCCCAAAGAUAACCAGUAACUCCUUAAAGAUGACUUUGUUUACAGCCAGUGAAGGGAAAAUACUGCCACCUUUUUUAGUCUUUCUAUGAAUGUUACUUUAGAGAGUUUUUAGUAUAUCUGUCUCCAUAAACUGUACAUAAGUCAGUAAUUCCUAUAACUUUCAUCUGCAACUAUGUCUGUCCCUGGUCUCUCGGUGUUAGCUGACAGUUUUUAGCUCAUUAAAACAACCAGAUUUCACACAGGCCUGUAACUUGACUCCUGGUGAGAAAUUGCUUCCUGUGGCAACUGACUAUAGUUGUUUAUUUAACAGUGGUAAAAGAGAAGUCCCAUUGGGAUAAGUACAGGAAGGCAGCAUUGGGGAACUUAGCUGCAGCUAUAAUUCCCAAAUACAUAAUCUCUUCCUUGGUCAAGUGUGCCAGGGAGGGAAAAGAUGUUUUAUACAUCUUAGAAACUUUUAAGAUUUGAAGCCAGUUGUCUAUACAAUUUUUUUUUAAUAAAGAAAAAUGGAUUUUGUUAUUUACCACUUCUCUUGAGUGCCAGAUAUAUGGUAUAGUUCCUUAUUUAAGUCCACAAAUUGUAUUUUCUUACUAGUUAUCUUAUUGGAACUGUUAAUGGGCAAGUUUUUCCUUAUUAUAUUCUUGCAAAGGUGAAAAUAAACUGCAAUAUGACUAAAGGCAGUUGUAAUUCAAAAGGUAUGCAUCAGUCCUUUAGACCGGAAACUGACAUUCACAUAUUUAAAAAAUAUAGUUUCAUCUUCUAUAAAGCUAGAAUCCUUCCACUUGGGAAGGAGCUGCUUCCUUGAUGUUACUCUGUCUUUUUGGCAUUCACUAAGUAGAGAUGUGGCAUUUCACCCCCUCUCAUUAGAUCAUUGAUUAUUGGCAUUUGAGGAUUUGGGAGUUUUGGAUCAGCAAUUUCUAAAAAAUCAGCAAAAAAUAUAAAAAUUUAUUCAAAUUUGAGUUAAAAUGUUGACAUGUCUGUUUAUUCCUAUUAAUCAGCCAUUCAGGAGGGUGUCCAGUAAUUAUAGUAUUUACAUUAAUUUAUAAGCAGGCAUAUGCAGGGAUCCCUAUUUGGUCUAGAGCUGUAUGUAGGAAAUUUUCUGUUUUAAGUUUAGAUGAGAAGUUCUUCUAUAGCAGUUUCCUAGAUGUAUUUUUAGCAACCUUAAGAGCCAAGUAGCUACUCUCUGUAGUAGUAAUCCCAUUUAAUAGAUGAAGAUACUGGGACUCUUUUAGAAGUUGUGACUUCUCUAUUAGCCACUCAGCUGAAAUUGCAAUUGAAACCACGACUUUGAACAUCCAGUGCUCUUUCCACUAAAUAACACUGCCUCUCACCACCAUGAUGGCCUAAGGAAAAUUCAGAAAUUCUGAAAACCACAUGAUACAAAAACGAACUUUGGAUCCUCUUUAUAGUUUUAUCAAGAACCCAUAGAGUAUUUUUCCCAUAUGGGAAAAAUCCACUUAUUCCAGGGCACUCUAGACUGAGGCCUUGGACCUCUUAUGUAGUUCCAGACUAGAAAAGGUCAUGUCUCACUUUAAUCCAGACUCACAAUCAGUGAUAGUCCCAUAGUCCAGUGACUAUAAGCAAUAGAUAUGAAGCAUAAUUAAUAAUUUCCUUUCCUUUUUUAACUCUUAAGGAAAAUAAUGCCAUGUAAAUGUGCCCUUAAAAGUCUCAUGUAGUCAUGCUGCUGUCCCAGAGAAAGGAAGAGAAAACAAAAUCAGCUAGGAUUUAGAGGAGGAAUUUAGUAAGAACUGUGAAAAGCCCAAUAAAAUAAAGUAAAUGUGAUGCACAGGAAGCACUUUGUGCUUUAUUAAGCUUUAUUAAGGGCCUACUCUAAUAAUGCACUAUUAGCAACAUAAUUUCUUUCCGUUUUCUGGGUGCCCUUGAUGAGAAAGUAUAACUAUGGGUAUGUUUGUUGGAGAUAUUUUGCCUUUAACUAUGCUGAUUGUUUUUUUUAAUUGUGAUAUUUGUAUUUUUUUGGUAGAAAUUCAAUGUUUUAUAAAUCUGGAUCCUACUUCAUGAAAACCAUUUUAUUUUUCUUACCAUACUGUAUGUAACAGUGGUGCUUUCUCAUUGUGAUCUGAUUAUGGUCUCUUUGAUCAAAUGCAAAAAAGAAAAAUUGUGUCUUUUUUACUUCUGUAGUCCCAAGGACAUUAAUAUUGCUUGCAAGGAAGAAUAUUCCUUUGGGAACGGGGGAAGGGGAGGGAGAGGGUAGAGAAGUUCCAGUGCCAGAAAAUGCAAAGCCAGUGAUCUGCCAACAGAUCACUCUGGGGAGGCAGGGAGCUCACCUUCUCUUGUGUGUGUGUGCAAUUCAUAAAAAUAGAAAAUGUGAUCUAGAAGCACAUUUUCUAAUAGAAUGUUUUUUCUUCUUCUGUGAGGUUUCCAGGCUUCUUGAGUUUAGACAAAUUAAAUAGGUUUAAAUGGUCUUAAUUCACUUUUAGCCAUAAGUUACUACUUAAGAGUCAGAGAACUGGAUAAUUUCACAAGACAAGCAAUGGAUUAUAAAAAGCCUUUCACUUCAGAUUACUGUUUGAAAUCCAGUUUGCCUUUUUAAUGUGUUUCUGUAUAAUGCCUAUUCUUGUAGAGUAUAAGCAGCUUAUUAACAUGUGCCAUUUUAGUUAAAAAAAAAAAAAACAAAACACAAAGGGGGUGGGGAAAAAGGAAGAUAGCCAUGUCAAGCUUAUUGCUGAUUGAAAUGCACUCCUACCUUGUAGAUGUUUACUGUGACUAAUGUGAAACGAGCUGCUGGAUUCAUCUUUAUUCCCAAUGGAUAGUUAGUUGUCACUAUUGCAGCCCAGCUCCUAGUGGGCAACUAUCCACAUUUCAGUGGGUACUAUGAGUUUUAGCAGUAUUCAGUCAACAAACAUUUACUAAGCACUCACUAUGUGCCCAGCACUGUGCUAAGCACUGCUGUAGUAUCCACAAGAGGCCAAAGACUAAAUGGCUAAUGGGGUAGCUUUCUUUGAGAGCUGGUGCCUACCAGUCAGGCUUGAGGCAUAUUAUGCGAGUUUGUUUUUUUUUUUUUCCCUUAAGUUUAACAAGCAUUUAUUAAGCGCCUACUCUAUGCAAGGCCCUCCCCUUGCAUAUCCUAAACCUGUACUGUGGUACCUUUCACCUAUAACCAUUUCAUGUUGUAAAGGAAAAAAAUAAAAGUUUUACAACCAGAGAUAGAGCCUAUUGUGGAAGUAAAUUGUAUGGUCUUCAAAGAAAAAAAUGUCUGAUCAUCCUUUGAAGCCACGGAAAGAUGUAAUAUCACAUUGCUUGCAAAUGCCAUCAGUUGUGAUCUAGUACAGUGGGUGUCGGACUGCUUUAGUUGGUGUGACUGUUGAGCCCUUUCAUGUAAAGAUUACCUUCCUGGUUCUGAUUGUUGACUUCAGACUGAAGGAAAGCCAGGAAUUUUCCAUUUUAACAAACAGGUGAACAUAUGCAGAAUUAAGCCUCACUUGCUCAUGCUGUGGAAGCUGUGUACUAUGUACAAUUUGCACUGGUUUUUUUUUUUUUUUAAUAUUUCUUGUAUUGAUAUGAUUUUAUCACCUCAGAUACAGAGCCUUUAAAUGAUGAUUUCAAAAAUAACUGCCAUUUAUGUAAAAUACUGUUGUGUUGUGACCAAAUUGUUUAAGUGGAAAUAAAGUUUUCUUAAAAGGAAAAGAA